AUGGCGGACGACUCGUCGCAGGUAUGUACGCCUUGUAUCACCGCACACGAACCACUCACCGACACAGGGGCGCCUCGCUCACAGUCAGACAUGUCUCCCAGCACCAAUUAUGGGCAAUUUGUAGUGGACGUCCUCGCACGCACAACCCGCCAGUCCGGCCGAAUAGACCAGCGCGUCCUGCGCCGAAGCAUCGGGCUCGCGUCUUCGUAUCUGGUGACAGACGUAACGAUGAACGCGGAGGAGGGGGUGGGGACAUGGCGAGCGGGGUUCAACCGGUUGGUGGACGUGAUGGUGGCACUGCACAUGCGGCAGGAGUUGGAGGUGGAGACGGUGAGCACGGCGAGCCAGGCGUGCUCAGAGUGCUGGAGCGUCGCGGGUUCAUGGCGAGAGAUGGACGAGUGUCGGGAGGGGGUGAAGGGGAUCGCGACGCGGCUGAAGGGCCUGCUGGAUGUGAACGGGAAGACGUACCGCGGCCAGCCUAUAUAUGCGCCGUACUGA